AUGGACCUGCACCGGGUCGGGGUGUUCGUUGCGUGGAUCGUCGCGGACCCCUGCACGCUCGGUAAGAAGGUGGUCGCAUACGAUGACGAGCUAACGGUCGUGGACGUGUGGGCGGUCGCGUUCACGAAGUCGGGCGCGGCGGAGGAUCUCGCCGCGGGCAGGAUCACUCUUAACACCCUGCCGGCCGCCCCAAUACCCCCACAAUGUGCCGAGGACAACAACAUCCAGAGUGGCUCGGACAUGACGAACGCGCGGGGUUGCAGGGAGGCUCCGUUUCGCACCACUAAGUUCGUCAUCCCCAUCAUCUCCUCCCCUGCCAUCUUCCUCCCCUCGCUUCCUUGCCCGUCCCCUCAGGCCUCAUCGAUAUCACCGCGCUCCUCGCCCGACCUGACAGCGAAGAACGGCUAUCAAAGUUUUCCCGAGACGUACGACAAGCACACCAGCCACCGCUCCUCCCUCGCCUUCUGGGUCGCCAUCAACCCCUCCGUCACCGCAAAUGGCGUGCCUCGCGAGCAAUUGGAGAUCCGGGUGAGGGAGCAGCGCGAGCAGAACGCCGUCGCGGUGAUCCAGCGCACGCUCGAGCGCCAGGUGUUGGAGCAGCCCAAGGCGAGGGUGGUCGAACCAUUGGGGAGGGGUGGCGAUGCAUCGCAUGAGAUGGAGGCUGCCCAGCCUCCCGCGGGCUCAUCGCGCGUGCAGGCGCAGGACGAAGACACCUCGGCGGAGACGUCCACGACUAGGACAACUCGGCCAGUGGGCAUUGUCUCCGACGCCGCUGCACCCACCACCGUUGGGCAGCCUGGGAUCGAUGUUCCAUCGGAUGCGCACGUCAUCAUCAACAACGAGGGUGGUGUGCCCAGUGUCGGCGUCGAAGACGGCCUCGGCUCCUGGUGCGGGUGA